ACCCUUGGUGAUCUCGUUAUUGACCCGACGUCAACCACGCGACGUCAACAGUGCGGUGAACGCUGGACUUGUGCGUCUUCUGCAUCCCGAAAUGCGGCUUACGAUCGCCGACCACCUUUUUGAGAUUCGAUGUUCCACUAUGACGACACUGUUCGUACCGGAGAGGGUAUAAACUGCGAACUUCUUCCUGCGAGAGAGAAAAAAAAAGGAGAAGAGCAGUCAGGAUCAAGAUGAAGAAGAGCUCGGUCAAGGACCAAGGGAAGCCAGACGAAACAGACCCGAGAGACGACGACAGAGACAUUCGAGAUAAGAUGAAGAAGAUCGAUGUGAAGUCUUCUUCGUCGGCGAAUAGUUCCUCUUCUAUGGCGAAGGGCUCUGCGCUGCUACCUGGUGGAGUUGCUCGGGUGAAGCAACAGGAAGCUGGGAGGAUCAAUCAAACGGGAUCGUCGUCAGGCUCGGCUACCGGCAAUCCUCGAAAUAAAACGGCGCUAGCACCUGGCCACAGCCUGAUGGACUGGAUCCGUUUAGGGAACUCUGGCGCCGAUUUGACCGGCGUUGGUGGCGUUCCACGGGUCGUGACACUGUCCGAACUGGCCAGUCACAAUAAGAAAAACGACGCCUGGAUCGCGAUUCGAGGUAUCGUUUUCAACGUGACGCGAUACAUGGACUUUCAUCCGGGUGGUAUCGACGAAUUGAUGAGAGGCGUCGGCAAAGAUGCCACGAAACUGUUCGAAAGCGUGCACGCUUGGGUCAACUAUCAAAGCAUCUUGCAAAAAUGCGUGGUCGGGAGGCUGAGCCGUGGAUCGGCGAGCGGUACCAGCCCGUCGCCGACGGAGAACACCGUGUCGAACACGGCCGAUUGUUCGUCGGCGACGUUGAACCAGAUAACAAGUUGCACGAGUUCUACGACACAUUUUCCAUACACCAGCCAAAUCCCAGCUCAUAGCGCUAGCCAAGAAAACGCGUCAGACAGUGGUUUAUCGAGUAUAAAAAUGGAAUGGAAACAAACAGUACCAUCGGUCACAUUCUUCUAUAAAAUAGCUCGUCAUUGUCCAGGCUUAGGUUAUGAAUUGCUUAAGAGAACCAAUUCGAAUUUCAUCAUUAAAUUACUUUUCGAUGAUGAAAGACUAGUGCAUAAGCUGGACUUAGUAGCGGAUGUAGAAUGGCCACCAACGUGCACCAGAAACUUUGAAACGAUGGAGGUGGAGUUCACGUUUAUAAAGCGGCAGAAAAUGCCGUGGAUGAAAUACGGUACUCAAUUAGUCACCAAGGACAUCACCACUGAUCUAAUAUACAGAGACUACGAAGUAGUUGCGAACGAACCACUUUCGAGUAGAAUUCAUAUGUUGAUCGUUCGAGCAAAGGAUUUCUUGCAAAUUGUACAUCCUGGCAGGCACGUAAAACUGAAACUCAACAACUUUGGCAACUUGUCGCGAUCGUACACGCCUGUCCCACCGUGCCUUCAUCCUGACGACAUGCCGCCAAACUACACAACCAGUUGCCUCUGUUUCAUUGUCAAGAACUACCCAAAUGGCACUAUGAGUCCGUCCAUAACAGCUCUUGAGCAGGGCGAAACCCUAGCCUUGAGCGGCGCUGUAGGUGACUUCUCACUAGAACUCUACGAUUGUUUUUCUGUCAUUCACAUACUUGCUGCUGGCACAGGUUUAACAGCGAUGCUUGGUAUCAUUCAACGAUCUUUGGGCAAACAGAAAGUGAAGGCUGUAAAUUUACUCUGCUUCAACGAAGACGAAGAAAGUAUGUUCUAUCAUCAGCAAUUGGAGAAAGUUUCAGGACAGAAAUUGAAAGUCACGCAUAUUCUUGCAAAACCCAAAGACACGUGGACAGGCAGACGUGGUCUGAUAACUCCUGAAUUAUUAGAAGAAUUAAUUGGAGAAAAUAUUUUCGAAGGGUGUGUUUUCACGUGUGGGCCUCCAUUAUUCAUGCAGACUGCGAAAACGUACCUUUCCUAUCUUCAGUGGAGUGACGAACUAAUUUACGAGUUCAGCGGUUAGCCAGGCUCGUUGAAAGUGCGCUCCGCCUCUUUUAAUACGAAACGUUGGAACAACGGCGUACAAACCUGUUAUCAUUUUUUUCCUAAAUUUAGACAUGAACGAGUAUGGCUAAGUAACUGUUAUUUAGCCACGAAUUGUGUUACAGACGAGCUGAAUUCAGUCAGUCGACGUAUAGGUUUAACGACAUUCAAUUUUACUCACUGGACUGCGAAUUUUUGUGUAAACUCAGAUCUUAGAAAUCCGACGAUGAUCGACAAGAAAAA